AUAUAGUUUUCAAGAGAGAGAACCGCCAGCUCUUCGCCUAUGCUCUCUCUCUACUCCUGCACACACCAGAAACAACAACAGCAGUAGCAGCAACAACAGUAUUUAUAGCAACCCAACCGACUCUCUUUCUCUUUCUCUCUCUCUGCUACUUCUUAUCUUUCUCGCUCUAGGAAUGGCCGUCUUAGUCAUUCUCUGAAUCCGCUCUAGCAUUGGCAUAGCUUCAAAGUUUGAAAAGAUAAAAAAAGCCGUGUUCUUUGAGCUGUGUUUUAUCCAGGAUGGUAGCUUUUUCUGUUCAUUAAUUAACUUUUUUUUUUGUCUGAUUUUAAGCUAAAGAUUUGGAAUUCGAAAAGGGUCAUUCUCCUAUAGAAGGAAUCACUUUUAUUUCUGGUUUAAAACAAGCCAUUUUUUUUUUUUUUUCGCCGCUUGAUUUUGAUAUGAAAAAGCAGUUUUUCUCUUUUCAAAUUUGCUUUUUCUAAGUACGGAAAUUCAACUUAAAUGGAUGAUUAGGGUUUUUUUUGUUGUGUUUGAAUAUAUUAAUAGUCUAUGUUUUCGAAAUGUAGCUGAUGGAGAACUAGUUUCAAUGCUUUCGAGUUCAAUUUUUUCCUUUUUGGGUCAUUUCAACUGGAAUUUUAAGUUUUAGCUCUGAAAUUUUGGGUUUCUACAUUGGGAUUCUAUAUAGGUCAAUUAUUGGAUGAUUUUGUUAAUUUUGGUUCUGACCUAUGAAGAAUUUAUACUGGUUCAAGCAAAUCUCCAACAAUGGCAGAUCAGGAAGGAGACUGUCUCUUGGAGAAUACAAGAGAGCAGUUUCUUGGUCAAAGUAUUUGGUGUCAUCUGGGGCAGAGAUUAAAGGAGAAGGAGAGGUAGAAUGGAGUGCAGAUAUGUCUCAAUUGUUUAUUGGUAAUAAAUUUGCAUCAGGAAGGCAUAGUAGAAUAUAUAGAGGGAUAUAUAAGCAAAGAGAUGUGGCAAUUAAGAUCGUAAGCCAGCCGGAAGAGGAUGAGGACUUGGCUUCUAUGCUUGAAAAACAGUUUACUUCAGAGGUGGCGCUGCUUUUUCGGUUAAGGCAUCCUAAUAUCAUCACUUUUGUUGCAGCUUGCAAGAAACCUCCUGUAUUUUGUAUAAUUACCGAGUACUUAGCUGGAGGUUCUUUGAGAAGAUAUCUGCAUCAGCAAGAACCACAUUCGGUUCCUCUCAACCUAGUUCUGAAAUUAGCUCUUGACAUUGCACGGGGGAUGCAAUAUCUUCAUUCUCGAGGGAUACUUCAUAGGGAUCUCAAAUCAGAAAAUUUGCUGCUCGGAGAAGAUAUGUGUGUCAAAGUUGCUGAUUUUGGCAUCUCAUGCUUGGAGACUCAGUGUGGUAGUGCAAAGGGAUUCACUGGGACAUACCGAUGGAUGGCUCCUGAAAUGAUCAAAGAGAAACAUCAUACAAAGAAGGUUGAUGUUUACAGUUUUGGCAUAGUGCUGUGGGAGCUUUUGACUGCACUGACGCCAUUUGACAACAUGACCCCAGAACAAGCAGCAUUUGCCGUCUGCCAAAAGCAUUGCAGUCUUGGCCAUUCGCAUCUGUGCAAUGUUUCCUUGAAACUGGAGAAGCACAUUGAAUUCCAAACGUUAAGCUGCAAACUUUAUUCUGGAAGUCUGAAAACAUUGGUCAUAACGCAAGACCACCAUUACCCCCAGCAUGUCCAUUGGCAUUUAGUCAUCUCAUCAAUAGGUGCUGGUCAAGCAAUCCAGAUAAAAGACCACAUUUUGAUGAGAUAGUUGCAAUUUUGGAAGGAUAUACAGAGUCCUUUGAGCAGGAUCCAGAGUUUUUCAAAAAUUACAAACCUUACUCUGAACAAACUAUUCUGCGUUGCUUUCCAAAAUGGAUGGUUGGCCAUUGUUCUACUUCGGCAGAUGACGCGUAGUUCCUUUUCUUCAAUUAUGCGUGAUGCAAAGUGUCCCAUAAUUCUUUUCUUCUCUAGGUUUUUAUGUUCAACUAUGGUUAGGAACUUAUUUGUGAUUUUUUUUUUUGUUCAUUUUGGGAACAAAAGUAGUUCCUCUCAUUGGUACUUCCAUGCUCAUGUACCACAUUGUGUAUCCCUCUAUGUACACUUGUUUCCCUCUUUAUGCAAUUUGGUAAAAAAAAAAAAUGAAGCUUCCAAGA